CGCGGCUCGGCGGAUUUAAAGGGGCAGCCCCACCGAUCCGGGGGGCCAUGCCGAACUUCUGCGCGGCCCCCAACUGCACCCGCAAGAGCACGCAGUCUGACCUGGCCUUCUUCCGCUUUCCCCGGGACCCGGUCAGGUGUCAAAGAUGGGUAGAAAACUGUCGAAGGGCAGAUUUAGAAGAUAAAACUCCAGAUCAACUCAACAAGCACUACAGACUGUGUGCUAAGCAUUUUGAGACCUCGAUGAUAUGUAGAAGUAGCCCUUACAGAACAGUUUUAAGAGAUAAUGCUGUGCCAACUAUAUUUGAUCUUACAAGUCAUCUGAACAAUCCCCACAGCAGACAUAGAAAACGGAUAAAAGAGCUGAGUGAAGAUGAAAUAAGAACACUGAAGCAGCAAAAGAUUAAUGAAGCUUUUGAACGAGAACAGGCAACUCAAGAACUGAAUGAAAGCACUGCACAAAACGCUGUCUCAGAGGAAGGUGGGGAGCAGCAAGAGGAGAAAUCUGUUCCUUUAACUCUAGAAGAAAGGGAAAACAAGGAUUACCUUAAGUCAUUGUUUGAAAUUCUGAUCCUCAUGGGUAAACAAAAUAUUCCCUUGGAUAGCCAUAAUGCGGAUGAGCUUCCAGAAGGUAUUUUUACUUCAGAUAACUUUCAGGCUCUGCUGGAAUAUAGAAUCAAUGCUGGAGAUGAAGUUCUGAGGAAACGAUUUGAGAUGACUGCGGUCAAUCUUGAGUAUUGUUCGAAAACGCAGCAGAAACAAAUGCUUGAGAUCUGUGAGAGCUGCAUUAGAGAAGAAACAUUGAGGGAAGUAAGAGACUCACACUUCUUUUCUAUUGUCACUGAUGAAGUAGUAGACAUAGCAGGAGAGGAACAUUUGCCAGUCUUGGUGAGAUUUGUUGAUGAUUCUCAUAACCUGAGAGAAGAAUUCAUAGGAUUUUUACCUUAUGAGGCUGACCCUGAAAUAUUAGCUGUUAAGUUCCAUACGACUAUUACUGAAAAAUGGGGUCUGAACAUGGAAUACUGUCGGGGUCAAGCCUACAUCGUCUCCAGUGGGUUUGCUUCUAAAAUGAAAGUUGUGGCUACAAGACUCUUGGAGAAGUAUCCACAAGCUGUGUAUACUCUGUGUUCCUCUUGUGCCUUAAAUGUAUGGUUGGCAAAGUCGGUUCCUGUUGUUGGUGUUUCCACGGCCCUAGGAACGAUCGAAGAAGUUCGCUGUCUUUUUAGUCGAUCUCCACAGUUACUGGUGGAACUGGACAAUACAAUUUCUGCUCUUUUUCAGAACAACGAGGAGAAAGGUAAUGAGCUAAAGGAGAUCUGCCGUUCGCAGUGGACAGGCAGGCAUGAUACUUUUGAGGUUUUGGUGGAUCUCAUGCAAGCUUUGGUACUGUGUUUGGACGCAGUAAGCAACGAUUCCACUGUCAGGUGGAACAACUUCAUUGCUGGUCGAGCAUUUGUACUUUCAAGUGCAUUAACAGAUUUUGACUUCAUUGUCACCAUUGUAAUUCUGAAAAACGUUCUGUCUUUUACGAGAGCAUUUGGAAAAAAUCUCCAGGGACAAACAUCGGAUGUAUUCUUUGCAGCUAGCAGCUUAACGGCGGUGUUGCAUUCUCUGAAUGAAGUGAUGGAGAAUAUUGAAGUUUAUCAUGAAUUUUGGUUUGAGGAAGCAACAAACUUGGCUGCAAAACUGGAUGUACAAAUUAAACUCCCUGGAAAAUUCCGCAGGUCUCAACAGGGUAACUUGGACGCUGAGUUAACGUCGGAAAAUUACUACAAGGAAAUUCUUAGUGUCCCUACAGUGGAACAUAUAAUUCAAGAAUUAAAAGAUAUAUUCUCAGAACAGCAUUUAAAAGCUCUGAAGUGUUUAUCUUUAGUGCCCUCAGUCAUGGGUCAGCUCAAAUUCAAUACGUCUGAGGAGCAUCAUGCUGACAUGUACAAAAAUGACUUACCUAAUCCGGACACACUUUCUGCUGAGCUUCAUUGUUGGAGAAUCAAGUGGAAGCACAGAGGAAAGGAUAUUGAACUUCCAGCUACUAUUUAUGAAGCACUUCACUUGCCAGACAUAAAGUAUUUCCCUAAUGUAUAUGCACUGCUUAAAGUCUUGUGCAUUCUUCCAGUGAUGAAAGUGGAGAAUGAAAAAUACGAAAUAGGACGAAAGCGCUUAAAGGCAUACCUGAAAAACACCGUGACAGAGCAAAGGUCAAGCAACCUAGCUUUGCUGAACAUAAACAUUGAUAUAAAACAUGACUUAGACUUAAUGGUGGACACCUACAUUAAACUCUAUCCAGGUAAAAUGGAAUUUCAAGCAGACUUUCUUCCCUCGAACAACUCUGAAGUAACAGAGAGCGCUUAAUUUUUUUUUUAAGACUGAUUAAACAGCUUUUUGCUAUUUAACUUGC